AUGAACUAAGCAAACCAGACUCCAACAGGAACCUUCCACACUGGUGGCUGUUUCCACUGUAGCAUGUAUUUGUCAUGUUCAUAUUCCUUUCUGACAGUUCAACUUCACCUGGUUCCACAGCAUGGAUCAAAGAGAAAUUAUCAUGAAAAACCUGAAAAGGAUCAGGAACAGAAACCUCAACAAGGAAGAGUUCACCAGUGAAUAUUUGAAAAAAUGUGAACAUUACUGGGUUGAUGUGGAUGAAUCCCCAUUGCAGCUAGGCCCUUUCUUCAUUAUCUGUGAGGCGGAAGAAAAAAGGCAGGACUAUGUGAUUCGCAAGUUGAAAGUGAAAGUGAAUGACAAUGAAUUCAGAAGUGUCUACCAUUUUCAUUAUAAAAAUUGGCCAGACCAUGAUAUUCCAUCUUCAAUCAACUCUAUUUUUCAGUUCAUAAAUGAGAUGCAUUCCUACCAAGCAAACCAUGAUGUACCUAUCUGUGUACACUGCAGUGCGGGCUGCGGACGAACAGGAGUGAUAUGUGCCAUUGAUUAUACUUGGACUUUGCUAAGAGACAAUAAACUGAAGCGGCAAUCAGCGACCUAUAGAGCAGAGAAAAUUUACCCAACAACUGUGUCUGAGAGACCUGAAAAUAGCAGCAAAAAUCGGUAUAAAGACAUCUUAGCAUGGGCCUCUUGGGGCUACAUCAAAGAAGCAGGUGUUGAUGCUUUCAGAAAAAGGGAGAGAAAAGGCCAGUAUAAGUUGGUUUAUGAUGCAGUGAUCGAACUCUUUAAAAGGCAGAUUGAAGCAUUCUCCAGUCAUUCUGAUCUUGUCGUUAUAGAGACUGGAAUAAACCAUUCUGUAGCCAAUAUACCUCAGGAUCCAGAUAGGCAAAGGUCUUGUAUAAAACAAUCAAACAGUUCUGUACAAGAGCAUCAGGAGAAAUCUCGAUGUCCUGGUUGUGCUACACAAAGCUUAAACAUCCUUGACCGAAACAGAGACAGUGCUUCUUUGGUCAGGCCAGCACUUUCUGUUGGAGCAUUGAACCCUACUGCCGGCAGAAACACAGGAUGGGAUUCUUGGUUGGCAAAACAGCCACUCCACAAAUAUCACAGUUUGGACUUCAGUUAUUGUUUUUCGACUGAUCCGCUUCUCCCUGUGAAAAUGGAUGACAAAACUGGAAAGGGCUUAGAUACCAAAGUGCAUCCUAUCCAGACCGAAUCUACUCCUUUUCAAUCAGUUUCACAGAAAACACUGCAGCCAUUGGCAAAAAUGGAUUCAGAAUCUGGCCACUGUGGAGGCUUUCAACUUGAUUCAAACCUUUCAAACAAUCUGUCAAACAAUGCCCCAGGCUACAAGCUCAAGGAUUUGUGCCACCAGCACUGCGUAUGGUCAUCAGAAGACCCCUACUUUUCCUCUCUCUCAUCAGAGGAACCAUGCUCCCCAGCACAUCGUGAGUCUGCUCUCAGUCCCCUUAGAACAGUUCCUUCAUCUUCUGCUGUGGCCUUUACAGAGCAGGCUAUGGAGAGCUCAGAGGCCACCUACUCACUGUUCAACCCUCCAGCCCAGGAUACUUGCCCUUUGGAUGCAGUCUGCCACAGUUCUGCCCAGCCUGAUGAUGAUAUCCCUCCUCCCCUGCCUGAGAGAACCCCUGAAUCUUUUAUUGUACUUGGAGAAGAGAAUGAGUUCCAGCAAUUGGAUAAACCUUUCUUAGCAGUUUCAGAUCAUCAACUACCGUCUAAAAAUGACAAAACAAAAAUCUCUGCAGAAUGGAGCAGCAUGUCUCAGCUGCGAUUUUCUGAUGACUCAGUGAGGCUGAGACCCAAUAAGAGUAUAAAGCUACAGAGGCCUAGAUCAG